AGGCAACUGGACUGUCAUGGCAACCACGGUGACGCUUUAAAGAGGCACUUCCUGCUGGAGCUGGUUGAAAACUUGCACAACGGCUCAAAAGUAAUGUGAACAAACGGCUUUUUUUUAACGUUUUAAAGUGACAUUUAUCUUCCGUUGAACGAAUCUCUUCUUCCAUGUCGUGAAACAGCUUCUAGGAGGAGCAGUUUACACUCACAUCACUUCUUCUUUCACUCUUUUUUUGUUUUUGUUUUUUUAAAUUUGGGAAGAUCAGACGCCAAGAAGCAACCGGGAGUCUUAACAGCUGCUCAUCGAUGCAUUUAACAAGGCCGAAGUCCUCCAAGGGUCGAAGCAGACCCGCCCUGAACUCUGCAGGCGACGCAGGCGGCAUCCAGAGGACACCCGUGUCUCCGGAGUCUCCUGUGCACCGCCGCAGGCCGGAAGGAGCCCUGCGCUCCCAGUCCCAGCCCAUAAUGUGGCAGACCGGCCAGCUGAGCCAGGAUGAGGUCCUGCAGAUGCUGCAUCACACCCCUGCUGCUCCUCCACAGUCCCUGAACAAGUACAAGGUUCUUCCCUCCAUAGAGAGGAGGCAGUCCGAGGUGAGGAGCCUGGACCAUCAGAUGUCUCAGCUCAGCCUGUCUCACGGGGCCAUCCUGCAGCAGGGCUACAGGCACGACGAGCCAGAUCUCCCCAGCAGCUCUGAGGAGGUGGACAGCAGACCCAAGACCCCUGGUCCAGCACCAGUGAUGACCAAAGGUGCCACUGGGAGUUUGCUCCUUGCUAUCCGGGCUCCAUGUGGUGGGAGGUUCCAGCAGCACUUUGACCCCACAGACACUCUGCUGACAGUGAGGGCCAGUGCAGAGGUCAAGUUUGGAGCCAGGUAUGGAGACGCUUGCAUUGAGACCAUGGAUGUGCCACGCAGGACCUUCACAGACAUGGAUGUGACUUUGGCCCAGUGUGGCGUCGUGAACAGAUCGGUGCUGUGCAUCUCUCACAGUGACAGUGUGGUGGAGCACCAGUGAGCACACGUUUGUUUUCAGGUGAAGUCUGGCUUCAGGAUGGGAUAUAAAGUCUCCCUGCAUCCACAAAUGUCUUAAUGAGAUUCUACACUCUGAUGUUUUGCUUCACUGGGUAGAAAGAUGAUUAUAAGGGGGUCACAAUAAAUCAAAAAGUGCAAUAUUCAAAUUAUAAGAAGUUAUAAUUUUUCUGUUAGAGGUAAAAUGAGUCACAAACCAGCAUGAUAACAAGUGAAUGUGGUGCUCUAGAGAUGCCUGACUACAACACUUGUUCUUAAGAUGUAGGUAAACAUGGAGGUUUGGUGCAGAUGGAAAGUCAGCUGAAGUUUCCUGCACAGCAAAACAGCGCUGCAACAGUCUCCUAAACGGCUGAAGUAGAUGUCGACUUGCUUUAAAAGUCUCCAGAGACCCUGAGAUGCCAAAUGGAUCUGAAAAAGACGUUGUUUACACCAUUUUAUAAAGCUGCUAAGCUAAAAGCAUUUGUGCUCAGCCAGUCUGAAGGGCGUGCACAACCUCAAAUGUGUAUCGAGGAUACUAAUACCAUCCAUUUAAAUCAAACAGAUCUCGGGGGCUUUCAGAGAUUAUCGUUGUUGUUUUUUUUUUUGUAAAACAAGUCUCCAUCUGCCUCAGUUGUUUAGGAGAAUGCUGCACUGCUGUUUUGAUGUGGAACUUAAGAAAUGUUUUUGUGGACUAAGAAACUGAAUUUCCAUUUUUGGGUGAAGUUAUCCUUCAAAUCUAAAGCUCAAGUUUGUGCACAUAAGACCUUAAAAAGUCAUAAACACUUCAAACAUCUCCAGGACAUACACAGAGAAUGUAGAGGAACUUUUGUAUAUAUUAGAUUUUUCAAUAAAGGAGGAAUUACAGAGCCCCUGAAGUUUUUGUGUGUUGUGCACACAAUCAAAAGAAUCUCUCAGGACUGUAAAUCCUCAAUAAGGAGCAGAUAUAUCAUAUUUUUAAGAGUUUAUUACUAAUUAAACUGGUUGGAGAGUCAUAAUAGUCUCAAAUAAUUGUAUUAUUGAUCUUUAGGUGUAUUAACCUUUUUUGGGCAAGUUUUCAAGCGAUAACUUGUUUUGUUGUACAACUCCACGGGUUCAUUCAAAUGUUUCCUUUCCUUUCUGGCUUCAUGUAACCUCAUUUAGUUUCUAAGCUUAGACUACACAACAUUUUAUUUAAAACAGCAGGUAAUUAGCAAGUUAAGAGCUUUCAUCGGCUGUUGCGUGAAGAAAAAUCUGGUCGGGUUGCAGUCGUUAAAGAGUUUACUAUCAGAGCAUCAUCAGAUGCUGCUGACGAAAAACUGUUUCUAGUUCGUUUGUUGCCAUUUUCAACAUGUUCCUUUUUUUGGUUGAUUUUUCUUGGAUGCCAUAUUGAGUCUUUUUCAGAAUGCUGACGUAUAUCACCAGGUUGUCAAUAAAAAAGGUGAAUUCA